CUACACAGUGAGCACACUGAGAGACGACCUAAAUUGGCCCCGCGCGCUCGUUGGCACGGUGCUCAUCCCUCAUCCUGUCGGCCCGUCGGCCCACCGGCCACCGAGAACGAACCAGACAAUGCCGCGCCACCUGCUGCAGCAGUCCGUCGACCGCCUGGCCGCGAUGGCCGCGCCGCCGGCGGCCGCCAUGGCCGGCGGGGCGACGAGCGCGCACACGGACACGGUCCUAAUCGUGAUCGCGGUGCUCUGCUUCCUGCUGUGCGUGGUCGGGCUGGCCAUGGUCGCGCGCUGCUCCCUGCUCUGCAACCCCUCCGCCUUCUCCGUCGACGGGCCGGCGGCCAAGGCGCCGUGCGGUGGCCUCGAGAAGAAGGCGCUGGAGUCGCUGCCGACCGUGUCGUGGCGGCCGGAACAGAGGGAGGUGGACGAGGAGGAGGGGGAGCGGCCGGAGUGCGCCAUCUGCCUGGCGGAGUUCGCGCGCGGCGACGAGGUGCGCGUGCUCCCGCACUGCGGCCACGGCUUCCAUGCCGCCUGCGUCGACGUGUGGCUCCUCUCCAGCUCCACCUGCCCGUCCUGCCGCCGCGCCCUCGUCGUCGUGUCGCCGGCGCCGCCAACCACCCAUCCUCCCGCGGGUGCGACGACGUGCUGUGGCGUGGCAGGCCGCUGCCGGCCGUCGGCAUCGUAGGCGACCGACCGGCCGUCUACAUACAUAUCCUGGCCUGUUCACGCAGCUGCUGCAGAGUACAGAUUAUGUUCAUACGUAGUCGCUCACGUACGUACAUACGCGCCAUUUGAUUAGUUGUUUACAUACAUUUCCCAUGUGUUGUGUCAUCCGAACAUAUCAGUAUACCGUACACUUGUAUACGCGUACGUGCAACUGCAUGGUGUGCAUGCGAUGGGUCGAUGAUGCACCACUUACAUGUGUCUGUAAAAACUUUUUCCCUCAUUAAAACCUGUGGAUACAUGCAUCUA